CCUAUCUCAGAAGCCUUGUUGACGAUGAGCCAUCGGGUCAUGUUGACAAACGGACUGGAAACCCCCGCGCAGUGUGGUUUACCCCGGAUCUUGAGCUUGCAGGGACGACGACCCUGCUGAUUGGGACUCUUUGGUCAGCAAGCGAGGCAUGCUCGAGGCAGGGGAGGGGUUGAGCCAGAACAGACGUCUCUUUUUCGUAUCUUGGCUCUGAUAACGUCCAGCUGAUGCGUACCGAGCCAACAGACAUGCAAUCAGAUUGACUUAUAGAUAUCCAUUGGGGCUCCUCCCUGUUCGAUGAUACAUCGCAGGACUUAACGACGCAACGCGCAACUCCUUUGGUUCAUCUAAACUCUCACUUGUCGCCAAAGGUUUCAUCUGCUCACCACGAUCCCGACAAGGUUCUCGUGCCAACUGUGCAGACGGGUGCCAAUUCGCCGGACCAUUACUCGAACUCGAGAAGAACACCGCGUCGUCCUCGGUAAGAUGGGUGUCAAGCAAGUCUUCACCGAGUCGACCUUCGCCAAGUACAUUUCGGCAAUAAGAGAGUCGCCUCGAGAACUGAUCUCGAACCGAAAGCUCUUGCUCACCGCCGCCCUCUAUGCCACGAGCGGCAUUCCCAUCACAUGGGACCAAGGCUCGUCCUCGGUGGUGCCGUCCCUCCCCGGGUUCCAGAAGGACUUCGGAAUCACCUCGGCCACGAACCCAACUCAGGUCUCCAACUUCAUCUCUUUCGUCUAUAUCGGCGCUGGAAUCGGUGCCGGCCUGUCAUUUUUCCUCAAUGACCGCAUUGGGCGCAUGUGGUCUUAUCGCUUCUAUAUGACCAUCUGGAUCAUCGGACAAAUCAUCGCGACUGUGUCGAUGGGUAAUAUCGGCGCCCUUUACUUUGCUCGCAUCGUCUCAGGCAUGGGAAUCGGUGCCCUAACAGUCACUGGACCUGUCAGCAUCGUCGAGAUUGCCCCUACCGAGAUUCGUGGUCUCCUGGCAGUCUGGUUCAGCGUUGCCAUGCUGCUUUCCUUGACUGUAUCGGUCUUCAUCGUCUACGCCUGUUUCAUUCAUGUCGCCGUCGGCAGACUCCAGUAUCAGAUUGUCUUCUUCUCUCCGACUAUCGUCAUGGCCAUCCUCAUCGCGGCAAGCUUCCUGCUCUACGAAAGUCCUCGCUGGCUGUUCAUUGCUAGACGGGACGAUGAGGGCAUCCGAAAUUUGACGGCUCUCCGAGGGCUGCCGGUUGAUCACCCCCGCGUGGCGACCGAGAUCGAAGACAUCAAGGAUCAGAUUGCCAAAGAGGAGGAGAAAUUCGGACGCAACCCCGGCUUUGUCGUCUUGGUGAAAGAUGCCUUCCUGGUCCCCUCCAAUUUGCGUCGUGUGCAGCAAGCCGUUCUGUCGUACGCUCUUGCUCAACUUUCUGGAGCAAACAGCGUCACAUCCUACCUCGUUCCUAUUUUGAGCAUGCUCGGACUUGGUGGCGGUACUGCUCGAAGCUUGUUCCUUAGCGGCAUGUACAGCAUGGCCAAGUUCUUCUUCACUCUGAUUGCCAGUUUCUUCUUCAUCGAUGCUCUCGGUCGCCGUCGCAGUCUGUUCACUGGUAUCACUAUCCAGAUGAUCUCUGAUUUGUACAUCGGUGUCUUUAUCAAGUACCGCCAGGAGGGCAACGUUGCACCGGGAUCUAGCGAAGCUGCUAUCGCCGCUGUCUUCAUUCACGGAUUCGGAUACGCCGUCGGCCUCCUCGUACUGCCUUAUGUCUUUGGUGCUGAGCUGUGGCCCAACCACCUCCGCUCUUUCGGCAGCGCUUUUGCACAAUUCUUUCACUGGUUGUUUUUCUUCGGAGUCAACAAGGGCAUGCCCUCGCUGCUCAGCCAGACUCACAACUGGGGCGCCUUCAUUUUCUUUGCAGGAUGGUGUUUCCUGUCGUUGAUCUACGUCUACUGCGUUGUGCCUGAAACAUCUCUGCAGAGCUUGGAGCAACUGGACGAGCUCUUCAAAGGGCCCUGGUGGAACGUUAGCCGCAGAGCCAAACAACUGAAGCAGCAAGCUCGAGAGCAGGAUGCAAUCAUUGAAGCACAAGAAAGCGAUCAGCACAGCGAGCCCGACUCCAGCAUUGAGAAGAACGGCGCGCGUGCGGUCAGCCAGAAAGUUUGAUCACGCGCGUAACUACAGGAAGGCUUGAAGGCACGGGGAGAUCGGGUUUGGGGAAGCUGUCGUCGGAUUUCAUAGGCGGCCGCAAGAGUCUUCAUAAUGACUAGAUCUUACAUUGAAAUAGGCUUCAAUCGAUAAAGUAAUGUUUGAAUUGUCG